ACCGGAAGUAGCCGGGCCCUUAGCGAUGGGACCCGGCAGAGCGGAAGUCAUUCCGUGAGGCAGUGGCGACAGCGGCGGCGAGAGGAUGAACAACAAGUUCGACGCCUUAAAAGAUGAUGACAGUGGAGACCAUGAUCAGAAUGAAGAAAACAGCACACAGAAAGAUGGUGAGAAGGAAAAAACAGACCGAGAUAAGAGCCAGAGUGGUGGCAAGAGGAAGGCUGUUGUCCCUGGACCAGCAGAACAUCCCCUGCAGUACAACUACACCUUUUGGUACUCUAGGAGAACCCCUGGCCGUCCCACCAGUUCACAGAGCUAUGAGCAGAACAUCAAACAGAUUGGCACCUUUGCCUCUGUGGAACAGUUCUGGAAGUUUUACAGCCACAUGGUCCGUCCCGGGGACCUGACAGGCCACAGUGACUUUCAUCUCUUUAAAGAAGGAAUCAAACCUAUGUGGGAGGAUGAUGCAAAUAAAAAUGGGGGCAAGUGGAUCAUUCGACUCCGGAAGGGCUUAGCUUCCCGCUGCUGGGAGAAUCUCAUCCUGGCCAUGCUCGGGGAACAGUUCAUGGUUGGGGAGGAGAUCUGCGGGGCUGUGGUCUCUGUCCGCUUCCAGGAGGACAUUAUUUCUAUAUGGAAUAAGACUGCCAGCGACCAAGCAACCACAGCCCGAAUCCGGGACACUCUUCGGCGCGUGCUUAACCUACCUCCCAACACCAUUAUGGAAUACAAAACUCACACCGACAGCAUCAAGGCCUGGGAGGAGUUUCAUGGCCUGGUGAACAGCAGCGGCCGCUGAUCGGACGCUCCCCCUCUGUCUCUCACACUCAGGGGACAAUUCAAGCUUUCGAAAUACAAAAAUCACAUUGUGAAAGCGCACACGUUGGCAGUAUUCUUUUUCUGUUUGUGUGUUUGUCUGACUUGGAUGCGAGGCUCAGGCAGUUCUCUGUCUGUUCGCUGAAGGGGUGUACCUAAACCAUGUGCUCCCCUUCUGCACUCGUUCCUGGAAGACGGACAGACUCUGCUAGACACCUCCCAGCAAUGCUGACCGUAUACAGCGGGAAGAAUGGGAAAUGUGACUGUGUAACAGACACACACUUUUCAGUGGGGCUCUGUGUGGAGUGCAGCUGUCUCCUUGCUGUGUAUCCAGAUGCCUCUCGGCAUCCUGCUCUACUCUCCUGCUGUGCAAAGGACUUGAUGGCCGAGGACAUGUGUGUGCCCUGUGGGUCUGAGCUGAGCGUUAUCAGUAUUAUGAAUGCUUGCACAUCCAGGAACAGCCUCUGCUUGGAGUUGAAGAGAACCAAAUGCCUCUUCGAGCUCUACUGUUAAGUUAUUAUGUGUUCCUCUUCCCUAAGCCCACCACUUUGAACAUGUGUUAAGAUAUGAUGACAGCUAGGAUAAUGUAUCCUUUGCGCCUUACACCUCCAACGGGACUCUUCUUCUUAGGCACUGCAGCACUUCAAUCGUGAUUCCGGGCAGCACAGGUUUUACUGAGGAGACCUAAGGCAUCUGCCCUGUAAGACAAGCUGGAGAAGAAUGCAGUUCAGUCAGAAGCCAGAUUAGAGUGCAGGUCCCACGCAUGGGGUUGGGGCUGAAGGCAGUGACUGAAACCAGCCUCCCCUGUGAGCAGGACUUGUGUGCUGAGCAUGCUCUGUGGGCCAGCAUGUCUGCCAUGGAGGAGGAAGCCACAACUGGUAGUGCCACAUUAAAACCGUGUAGCUCCCACAGUGCUGGAAUGGGUGACUGAAGAAAUGGCAGCCUUGCUGGAUGCUUUCAUUUGAUGGCUGUGUCUGUCAGCUGUGACUGGAAAAGACUGGUCCUUGACACCUGGAUGUAAUCAACUCGUCCGGACCCCUCGAUGCCCAGAAGGCUCCUAAGGCACGUCUUCAGCAAAGAAGCUGACUUUGGGAGCCUGAGGCCAGAGGUCAGAAGAGUACCCAAGAUCAAGGAAGAAAUGGGCAGCUGCAACAGCUUCAAGUGCUCUGUACUGGGCUCUUGUGAGCCAAGAUGGCAGUACCUUAAAUUAAGGCCUCUUUUUAAAGCCUACCCCUGAGGCCUGGGCGGGGCUCCUCGGCCACAGGUCUCAGGAAUUCUGAAGGUAACAGCAUCUCCUUGUACCCAUCCUACUCUUCCGGCUUUCCAACCCCUGCCCCUCAGUCACUGCUGUCUGGGGGGCCUUCCCUGAAAGAACACUAGAGGGGCCAAGGGGAAGGUUUCUGCUGUGGGUGAAGCCAUCUGAGAAGAAAGUCCAACCGGGAUUGAAGCUCCAGGAAUCUGAAGAAUGCAUUCUGGGGUGGUUGCUAAGGGCUCGGCAACACCAGAACAUCCUUGGCUGUCAAGGAGGCGAAGGCUGCCUCAGGAGGCUCGGCUCAGGAGGCCUCCACAUGGCCUAUGCUCAUGUCGCCUCCAAAAUUCCAAAGAGCAGACAUUUGGACUUGCCUUCCUUUGGGCAUCUCUCUGGUGUGUGUGCGUGCGUGCGUGUGUGUGUGUGUGUGUGUGUGUGUGUGUGUGUGUGUGUGUGUGUACAAUGUGUUUAUGAAUGAGGAGGCCUGUGUCAGGUCUAGAGGUUAGAUGUUUUGUUUGCCUUUUUAAUCUCAUUUGUUCAGACAUUUGAAUCUCUUGUGUUUUCUAGAGCUCCUUGUCUUUCCCCGUCCUCUUGGUCAUAGUAUUUGACAGUUGGUUUUUUUCCCUCCCAUCCAAAGUGUGCUCAUUAGAGGGGUUCUCACUGUCAGGCAGCAGCUUAACCCCGUGUUCUUCCAGGUGCUCUGCCUAACAGCGUAAGGGGAAAUUGAACACUCAGUUUACCCAAACCACCCACUUUUUUCAAGCUAACUGGAGAAGUCUCUCCAUUUAUUUUGAACCACAGGCCUCUGGUAGGCCAAGAUACCACCUACUUAUGCUGUAUCUGUUCUCCAAACAGGAGGUAGAGGCCCUUGGAGCCAAGGCGACCAGCACAAUAGGUUGCUGCUAGACCAGGGGAAUGAUGUCUGUGCUGUUCUCCCUUCUGCCUUCUGGCCCACUCCUCUCAAGAGCCUUUCUCUUUGUUCUUUUGUUCAUGUCUGUGUAUUUUCCCUGUGGCACUGGCAGUGGGGUACUUUUUCAUCCAGAGAAAAACUUGUCAGUGCUCCCAAGAAUGAAUUUCCAGGGAUUUGUGGGAAGGGAAGGAGCAGGGGCUGUGGCAGCGUGUCCUAGUGUUGCACUUUGAGAGGAUUGUCUACUGCAGUAAUAAACGGAAAGUAUCAGCAAGA